AUGUGUCAAAAAGAAGGAUUAAGAACAACAAUAAGUGCAAAUCAGAAUUAUUUUCAUGAAUUCAGCACUAAUUUUCAAAUAUAACAAUGAAAUAGUAACUUUUAUAUGUUAAAUUUGUGUUCAGAAAAGAAAACAGUGUAGUGAAUUUUAAACGAUAUAAUUAAUGACAUGAAACGUGACAACAAAUUUUGGUGAACAAAAUUCCUCAAAGGAAAAAAUCCAAGAGUAUUAAUAAGUAUCUGAAGCGGAACAGAGCCCAAAAUGGAACAACAGCAAUUAUAUGACGGUACAAUGCUGGACAUUGAGCCUAUGCUGGAAGAUUUUCCUAUAGAUUUAUACGAAGGAUCUCCGGCAAAUGAUGAAACUUUUGAUACCCUGGACCCAAAUUUAUUAUCUCAUGCGAUAGGAUCUUUGGAUGAUACUUCUUGUUAUAGCCAAGAACACGAUCAAAUGAUGAGUCCACAAUAUGGUGACUCAAUAGACCCGGACAUAUUUUUAAAUGGGGUCAUUAAGAGAGAAAGUGAAUCUUCGGAUUGCUCGAAUCUAUCACAUAGAAACACUCCUUCGCCAGCUGACAGCAAUAAAAGUUGUGAAUCUUAUCCUUCCAGUGGAUACGAAUCGUGCCCAAGUGUUCAGAUGAACAAUAUUCUGCUUGAUAGUGCGCCCGUUUCACCAGAAAUGCCGCCUAGCCCCCCACAAAUAGUUUCGGUUUCCAGUAAUAAAGUUAUACGGGUAGGAGCGGCGCACUUACCGGUAAUUCAAAAAUUAUCUUGCCCUACUAAACUAUCUGAGUUGAAGAAUAUCAAACUUCCUCAAAAAACAACGUUUUUAAAAGCUACAGGAAAAGUUUCACAAACCGUUACAAAGAAAACCAUUGUGCUUACUGCUAAAGACUAUCAAGCUCUCGUCAAAAACAUUAAAUCAAAAACCAAUGGAAAAAUUCUCAUCAAAGCCGCAUCUUCGAUCAACAAAAAGCCAAUGGAUACGCAUGUGGGAUGCAACCAAUCAACAACAGUAUCGACCCAAUCACCAUUAGUUUCCUGUUCAGCAAGUGCGAUUAUCACCACGAUUCAGGAAAAGAAGAAUUCGGUCGACUUAGGAAACCAACCAGGGACAGCAUCAGUUCCAGUAGCAUCCAAGGAACGGAUCAUCGACGAACGGGCGCUCAAACGACAUCAAAGAAUGAUCAAAAAUCGCGAAUCCGCUUUUCUUUCUCGUGCCCGUAAAAAAGAGUAUGUCAACUCCUUAGAACAGCAAAUCGAUGCGCUGAAGCAAGAAAAUCAAUUCUUGAAAACUGAAAACUUUAAGCUACUGGAAAAGCUUAAACACAAAUGUUCCUGCAUAAACAGCACAGUGACCCGCCUUGGAACUGUCCAUACUGUGAUCUCAAAACGCAUGACACCGAACGUGCGUAAGAACACGGCUAUUGUAUUGGCCAUGCUAUUCAUGGUAUCGCUCAACUUUGGUCCGAUAGGCAAUCUUCUAACCCGAACCAGUACAACAAAAUCAUUAAUGGAAAGGAAUAUGGAAGGCCUGCCGCACCAUCAGCGUAAUCUUUUAUGGUUAGAUGAUGAACCCAAACUGCUUAAAGCCGCACAAAACGUUGCCACAAGUCUUAACAUAACCAACUUGGAAGAUUUAUCCGGACAACCUGAAGAAUCCCUUUCUGCUUGCCCUUUCUACGUGAAUCAAACGGAGAACAUCCGUUUGGCAAGCGAGUUGCGCCGCUGGAUCGGCGAAAACGGGUUUAAAAAUUUGACUGAUCGCGACGGCGAUGAUAUGAGUAUUAAUUCCUUUUCGGAAAUGUUCGCUCUGAAGGAUACCAUUGAUUCAAUGUAUCGACAGAUGAAAGACAUCAGUUCUCAGAUGGAAUCAUUCAAAAGGCGUAACAAAAUAGUGGUACCUCGUAAAAACGUUCAGGUGCCUAGAAAGCCAGCACAGCAAAUGGACUUGUACAGAGACGACUAUCAAAUGCGAAAAGAAAACGACUUGGCUCUGUAUUAUCCCGGGUUUAGUAAAAAGUAUGCUAAAUUUUUCGAAGAAAUCGGUAGACGUGACGAUACGUUCUAUUUGGUUUCGUUCAGUGUGGAGCACUUGCUCCUGCCUGCCAUUGCUUAUAACAAAACUAAUCGUCCGAGGAUGUCGUUGAUGCUGCCAGCGAUGAUGGAGAACGCCACACAUCCCUCGGAUAAAGUCACACUCAUGCAGAUCGAUUGCGAAGUCAUGAACACAUCAAUGAUACAAAUCCGUGAAAAGAAUAUACCGGGAGAUUUGCUGAAACCACCGCCGAAUUCCAAGUCGGAGUACACAGCUAGUAAUCCCAGCAGUGGCACUAACCGAGAGCGUACGUCUCAUCCCUUCAGCGGAAAUAAUGAACGGAACGUCAGCAACGCAGAGAGCACAGGGAAAGUUCCCCGAUACGGAAAGCAUCAGGGUAGUAGACCCUUUUUCGUACAGAGAAUGGGAGUGCAACCGAAAGAUGGACUGGAUGUUGACUAAAUUCAUGAAUAUUUUAUGCUGACACACUGAUUGAAGCAUUUAAAUUUAAGAACAGUUAACAACACAAAACUUCAUACCACAAAGAGUGCAAUCUGACCUAUUUGACCUAUUUAUCAAACAUACUUAAUUAUCACCAGGAAAUUCCACUACCUAACGGGACAAAUGUUUUGGUGACAUUAACUACUGGAGGCCUAAUGCCGGGUUUUCGAUUGGAUUUAAUUAUAAUUGAAAGACAUAGUUGUUAGAAUCGUGAGAACAAAAUAUUUGGAUUUUUCUCUAACAAAUGAAAUAAGUGAAAUGUGAAAAUUUGAUAUAACAUUAAUGAUUAUCUUAAGUUAAGCUAUUAUACAAGUUACUGAAAUAUACAAAAAUAAUCUGA